AUGAACCAAAACAAAGAUAACAUUGCCCCAACAAUCAAAGAUGAUAGCCCAUUUGGAUACCUUCAAGAAGAUCUCUUGAUAGAGAUAUUCAUCAGAGUUCCAAUAACAGACUGGGAACAUAUAUCCUGUGUUAGAAAACAGUGGGCUGAUUUGUUCCGUGGAGAAUGCUUAUGGCAGGCUGCUCUUAACCGGACGUAUCCUCAUGCUAACAAAACUCAGAGAUGGAGUGGACCAAUCCGUCAAGGAUCAAGCAAACGGAGAUUUAUGGCUUUAUACAUCAGCAGAAACAUAUUAGGUGUGGAUACAGACAUAGAUGAAAUGCUUGGACAUAUUUACUUAUUCUUGAAAGAUCAGCUUCAGCUUUCAACUACUCCUGCUUCAGGCGUCCUACAUGGAACCAUGAUUGACCAAUUGAUUGUUUGUGGCAAAUCAAAAGAAGAAGCUGAUGAGCUCGUUACAAAGAUUUGGCUUGCUCUUCUCGACAAUAUAGAGGAUACGAAACAUACGUUUCUUGUCCUGAAGUCCAUUGCACAAGAAUAUGAUUUGCAGGGGUUUCUGCCAUAUCCAUACUCAAGACCGAUCAAAGUACAGUGGAAAGUGUUUGAGAAACUGUUUGUGGACUUCCGAGACUUGUUGUUUGAUCACUCAGAGUAUUGCGACUUAAUAGGGAUCGCCAAGAAGAAGUUUCAGACAAUCCCUCAUCUUUGGUUAGGCUAUUAA